GAAUCCGAUCACCACCUGUACUCAAUGAACAACUUCAACACUUUGUUACGCGUGCGUGGCUCCUGUCUUUCUGCGGUCCUUUUACAUCGUUAUUACUGUCGAGUUCGCUUAGUACGUAACAUUGAACAAUACCACAAUUACGACGUCAACAACUCGACUUGAAAAGUCUUCCGGCAAGACGACAACAUUUGGCCCGCUGCGAAGGAGCCGCAGAAUGAACGGCAUGGUUUGGGGACUCUCGGUCUCUCUGGAGUCCGAAAGCAAACGUUUCCAGCCCUGGAGAGACUACAUUGGACUGUCUGACACGAUCGGAGAGAUCCUGGGCCGGCCCACGGCCCCCGAGUCCCGACUACCGGCCUCCAGAGCGCCACACUCCGAAUCCAAUGAGCUGUGCGAGGCCCUGAUGGCUGUGCGCAUUAACACAGUUUGCCAAAGCCGUGACCUCGGGGCGGACUGCGCGCCACGUCUCUCCGGUGAAUCGACGCCGGUUACCUCGGCUGAUCAACGUCCGCCUGACGGUUGGUGGUACGCUCCAAACACCUUCCGUGACGAUGCACCGGGCGCACUGGAUUUAAAUCCACCACCGAGACCGUCGGGCUCCCGCGGACACAAAGAACGCAAGAAAGCCACUCGCUUCAAAACUGCGGAUCCACCAUUGUCUGCGUCGCCCGAGCGCAUGUUCUGCAGUUUCUGCAAACACAACGGGGAGUCCGAGUUGGUGUGCGCGUCCCACUGGCUGAAGGACCAGGCCGGAGAUGUGUUGUGUCCCUACCUGCGGCAGUAUGUGUGUCCUCUGUGCGGGGCCACGGGGGCCAAAGCUCACACCAAGCGCUUCUGUCCCCGAGUGGACAGCGCGUACAGCUCCGUGUACGCAAAGUGCAGACGCUGAACCAACCCAGUUUGGCAAGUAUAAGACAGCAUAAGACAGAAGGCUGAAUCCCCUUUCGCUUUACCGAGUGUGAUUUUGUGUGUCGGCGUGUGUGUUUGUUUGUGUGUCGUUUGGUUUUCAUUUGCAUGUUUUCAACUUUUGCACGUUUGCUUUGCAGCCCUUAAAAUGCUGAUUGGAGUUAUUUUCCAGCUGGUCUUUUGGCCGGCCUUCUCCAAUAGCGUCCCUUUUUUUAUUAUAUAUAUAUAUUGUGGAUUACUUUCAAUAACGACUGCCAGAUAUUAUGUUUGGGAGAAGAUACCCAAAAAAAUACAUGUUUCUCAAAAGAAAAUCUACGUUUGUUUUACAUAUUUUAAAAACGUGGCCUCCUGAUGUCCAGUUUCAUAUCUCCUGUCCAUGCAUUGAAGGAUUAUAACUCAAGCCAUAACAUUCAUCAAUAACUUUAUAACAGCAUAUCGGCUAAACAUCAUGUGACUAGGUCAGCAUUUUAACAUUUUAAAAUAUGAGCUGCUUGUUCUGAGGUGUGGAGAAAAUACCUGUUCCUGAGGCAUGUUUUACUUUCAUUAUUGUACUUAAUGGCUUUUCUGAAAAGCCACUUCAGCUCUAAUCACUUUGUAUAAAAAAAAUGUGUGAACUUAUUGUAUAUUGGAAGUUUAUAAAAUGUCUAAAUUGA